GAUCAUUGUGUAUGUAUGUUCGCGUAACAUUUUUUGCAAAAUUUAUAUUGAAAGAUGCCGAAAUACUAUAGGUUUAGAGCGACGACGCCCACUCGAAAACCGAAACGUAGCAAGGACAAAGAAAAGGAGAGAGAACUAGAGAAAACUAAGUUUGAAGCGGAAAGAAGUUGGCUGGAUUUGACACUAGCUUGCACGCCGGCGCCAUCUUGGUAUUUGCGACGCACAUCAUGGCGCGAAAGCCCGCCAUUAAUGGGCUUGCCGCGACAACUGGCUGCCGGCCUCCGAGCCUCACUCCAACUCAGUACCAAAUUGAGGACCUACUUUCAAGUCACUCGGGAACCGGGGUUGAGAGCAAGGUCGUCUACACAUACCUACGGACCCGGCUCCAAGCAGGAGUUGAACUGGGGUAGCUUUUAACCUGUAAGAGGCUGUCACUCCUCUCCGCUCUCCUACUUCACAUAGGACGGGAGGAUAGGACCACUUCAAAAAACACUUAUACAAAAAUAUUUGAGAAAUGCAACAAAAUCUCUUAAUGCUGUAGUUAAAAAUAAAACGAGAAAUUAAAUAAA